CCCAGUCGCGGAGCGGACGGCAUGGCGGAGGCCUCGGGUUGUGCUGGGCCCUCUAUCCGCUAUUUCUGCACGGCCGGCCGGGGCCUGGAGCCCUUCCUGCUUCGGGAGGUACGGGCCCGGCUGGGCGCCACGCAGGUGGAGUAUGUUUCAGGAAAAGUUUUCUUUACCACCAAUUCUGAGUUGAGUAAAUUGAAGAAGCUGAAGUCUGGAGAACGAUUAUUUUUGCUGCUGAAAAAACAUGCACCAAUUUCUCUCUCUAGAAAUAAAGGAAAAGUAUUUAAUGAAAUUCAAAAACUUGUAAUUGAGGACCCCAGAUGUUGGCUGGAUAUUAUUUCCGUUUGGAAACAUCUUCAUGGAAAUAAGGUCGAACAAGGAAACCUCUCUAAAGAAAAUCCAAAAUCCCUAAAAAGAAAAUCCGAAGAAGAGAUAAGUAUCAGAAAUAAAAACCAGAAGAGAGAACAAAUAUUAGAGACAGUUUCUGAUGAAUGCCACAUGGAAGAGCAAAAGAAAAGUGUGGUACUAGAAACAAACAACGACAUGGACUUGUUGACUGAAAGCAAAACUUUUCUAGAAGAGACAUCUGAAAGUAGAAUAGAGAAAUCAGUUGAAAGCAAUAACCACAGCUUCAGUUUCAGAGUUUCUUGUCGCUGUAGUGGAGCAAUUGCAAAAGUAUUUACUUCACAGGAGGUGGGAAGAAUACUUGGAAUAACUCUUAUAAAACAGCUUGGGUGGAAAGCAGAUUUGAGAAACCCUGAUCUAGAGCUCUUUGUACAUCUAAAUGAUAUUUACUCGGUGGUGGGGAUUCCUGUCUUCAGACUUCCACUGGCGACCAGAGAGUAUAUCCAAACUGCAGGACUCCGAUCUACUGUAGCAUGGGCUAUGGCAUCUCUUGCUGAAAUCAGUGUAAGCAAACAUUGAUAUAGAUUAUUAAUAGUAGCAACAGAGGGGCCUUCAUAAUGAUAGGUUCUGUUGCUCAGAGGGCUAAGAAUUUCAUGAUCCAGUUAGUGGAGGUAGAGAUGGCCUUAGACACAUGUUAGAGGAACAUUAUGGAUACACUUUUUUCUCUAAAAGUGCCUGUCCUCUAACCAACAUACCAGCUUAGAUUUGGAUUUCAGAAAAUGUAAUUGAAGGUAUCUCAGUGAUUCUUAUACUUCUAAUGUCUUAUGGUAAGUCUGAUCUUGUAUAGUGCUGAUUAAAGUCAAGAAGGACUGACAGCAAUGGGAAUUUAUGGGCAUUCAUCAUGUCCCAGGGUCAAGCUCUGUCACAGAAGAUAAGUCAACAUCUUUUUGCUCUGAAUACAAUACCCCAUUUGUAAGAGCUGCAGUUCUGAAUCUCACCCCAAAUUAAAAAACACAGUAAAAGAACUAAAAAAGAGCCACCGUGGC